AUGGCGCGUCACAGGAACAUCCGGCAACUAGGAUUAGAUGAUAUCUCGACGUACGAUGAAACAUUAGCAAGUUCAGUGGAUGAUGACUACGCAAUCUCACCUAAUACAGCGGAGUUAUACAUGUACGAUGCUAGGAAACGUAAAGCUCGUUCGCUGGCUUUUUUUGGACCCAGUUCCGAGUCCCUGCAUUUUUCCUCGGAAGAUUUUCCUGCAAACAUACAAGAACCGGAAGGUUCGAUCUCUCCUCGAACUUCAUUUUUCUUAGUUUGUUCUCCUGGUGAUGUUACUGGACGAAUUAGGUCAAAUGGUGUUUCGAAUGUCAACGAAGGAAGGCCUGACAAUGGCGUUUCGGCUGAUUUAGAACCCAGCGAGCCUCACUUUGAUGAUCCCGUUGAUUUUAUGACACCAGUGAAUUCUCUGCUGGGUCCAGCUGGCCGAUUUGACAGAAGUCUCCACUAUGAUGACUUUAACCCGAACACGUUUGAGGAUUUGGAAGAAAUGGAGUUCGAUGAAUUUGAACGGCUAACUUCGACCUCACACUCAAACUUUAAUCGUCCACCUGAGAGCGUAACGUACCCUACAGCGCAUCCACCUUUAUCCACUCCUGCACGCUUGAUACCCGGCAUGUUCUCCAAAGCUAGCAUGGAGUUUCUCAAACAGGGAUCGUCUCUGUACAGCCCUUUGGAGUCUAAGACGGUAGCAGGAAAACGAAAGCAUACUGUAGCUCCCUUCUCCAUUUCUAGUAGAGAUGUGCUAGGUUAUAAAAGUCCAAGUAGUCUUGGUGUGAUUAUGUCAUCUAAGCACUCAUCUAGCACCUUCUGGGGAUCCUUAGUUGAUACGGUGAUGUGGAGAGCAUUGCCAGUAUUUGUCCGAUCUCGCUCUCUUUCUGUCUAUUCCGGUUGGAUUGUGCCAGGCCAUAGAAAGCCAUUUCAGUUCAGCACUCCAGAGCCGAAUAUAUUUGCUACUUGCAAUUCAACGGGACCUCCUCAGAGGUUGAAGUCUGCCCUCCCAGCACCACGGAAAAGGAGGCCACCGAUCGCUACUCAAGAGGCGACCAAGGUUGACAACAAGCCAAUCUUAUCUGAGAGCCGAGAACCUCCAGAAGUGGGAAAGUUAUCCCAAGCGUUGUCACAAAAGUUGGACGUUACACCACAGCCAAAGGAACGUUCAAUGUCCAGUCGGGGAUCCUUCUUAGCUUUAUCUACGCCGGGCACUCCCAGCAAGCCAAUUGACCGUACUCCCCUUUUAACCGAGUACUUCGAUCGCCGGAAGAAUACGUCCGAGAAGGAGGUUAUUAAUUUGAUUGUUGUCGGCCACGUCGAUGCUGGUAAAAGCACCUUAAUGGGGAAUAUGCUUUGUCAGUUGGGAAAUGUUUCCGGGAAACAGCUGUCGAAAUAUCGAUGGGAGGCUCAAAAGUUAGGCAAAGCUUCCUUCGCAUAUGCCUGGGUCCUGGAUCAAACCGCUGAAGAGCGCAUGCGUGGUGUGACCAUGGAUAUUGCGCAGACCUCUUUUGAGACUGCCACUAAAAGAAUAGCGUUGAUGGACGCCCCUGGACACAAGGACUUCGUCCCUCGUGUGAUCGGUGGUGCAUCUCAGGCGGAUGCUGCCCUGUUAGUCGUCAACGCGACCAAUGGGGAAUUUGAAACCGGAUUUGGCGUGGGUGGCCAGACUCGAGAACACGCUCGGUUGGCGCGUCUUCUAGGGGUUUCGCGCCUCAUUGUUGCGGUGAAUAAAAUGGACACCGUCGAAUGGAAGCAGGAACGUUACGAUGCAAUCAAAACUCAGAUGAAUGGAUUUUUGAAAGGCCUGAACUUACCCGGCACCAUAUUCUGUCCAGUUUCAGGUUUGACUGGUGUGAACUUACUUCCAACAGGUUCGGCUGUACUUGGCAAAGAUAGCGAUCAGGCCGGCGAAGAAAGGCUGCGAAGUUGGUAUGAUGGACCCUCUCUGGUCGAUAUUAUUGACUCAUUGCCUUCUCCCGAUCGGACGAUCGACGGACCGUUCCGUUUUGUCGUCAGUGAUAUCUUCAAGCCGGCUGGUUUGGGUGUCCCUGCUGUGGCUGGCCGUGUAAUUUCUGGUGGAGUGUCUGCAGGUGUUGGACUCAACACCAGUAAGGUAUUCUGUCAACCGAGUGCCCUAUCUGCGACUGUAAAAUCCAUUCGCUCUCUAUGUAACGUGCGCAGCGGUUCAGAGCCAGUGGAAAGUGAUUCAAGUGCCAACCUUCUUGAUCAGAUUGUCAAGUGUGCCUUUGCAGGCGAUCAAGUUGCUCUCAUACUUCAGGGUAUCGACCCUUCCCAGUCACUGGUUCCUGGUGACGUCAUCACAGACCCAGACAAUCCAGUUCCACUUGCCAGUCGCAUUCAGGCAAAGAUCCUGGUGUUCGCUGUACCUCAACCGAUCACUAGAGGCUACCCGGUCAUCUUUUAUUAUCACUGCACCAGUGUAUCGGCCAACAUAUCCAAACUAAAAUCAAUGACUCAUAGGGAGAAUAAGAUGGAAAAGACGGUGAAGAAACCAAGGUGCCUACUAGGUAACUGCACAGCAGACGUAGAGAUUACUCUUGAUCGUCCUGUAUGCUUAGAAGUUUAUGAAAGAUGCAAGUCCCUUGGCCGGUUUAUGUUACGCGUUGGGGGUGAAUCCGUCGCUGGUGGAACCGUUACAGCGAAUCCGUCCUCUUUGUUGCCUGUAGAUCACCAGUCAGUUGGUCCAGAAUUUCCAAUAUGUAUUACCAUCGAAAAGGAACCGUCUUAUCGAUACUUGAUUACUAACUCUUCUGUCUUCACCUUCUGUACCUUGCUGUCUUUCAGUGGUUUGUGGAAGAAUCACGAAUAUAAUCC